AUGAUGGUACAACGUGUAUUGGCUGCAAAAAGCCUGUCUCAUGCCCAAGGUGCUACGUUAAUGGCUGGUUUCAUCAAACUCUUUCCCCUUUUCAUCAUUGUCAUGCCUGGUAUGAUCAGUCGCAUUCUCUAUCCUGAUACGGUGGGCUGUGGUGUGCCUGAAGAGUGCUACCGAAUUUGUGGAAAUCGACACGGUUGUAGUGACUUGGCCUACCCACGAUUGGUCAUGGGUGUGAUGCCUAACGGUGAGUUGAGGAUCUUUCAUCGCGCCCUUCCUCCCUCUCUCCUUCUCCUCCCAUUGUAG